AUGGCAUCCAAGCAGUAUACUCUUUACGACAUCCCCAGCAAGGCUCCCUGCAGCACUUGGUCACCGAACCCUUGGAAAACACGACUUCUGUUCAAUUUCAAAGGGCUUGAUUACCGAACUGAAUGGCUCGAAUAUCCAGAUAUCAAGCCGACGCUAGAAAGCAAAGUUCCUGCCAAUACGGAAGGCACCGCGUACUCAAUUCCCACCAUUGAAAGUCCAGAUGGAACAUGUGUGAUGGACUCGCGCAAGAUCGCAGACUACAUCGAGAAGGAACAUCCUCAGCCCUCAAUGCAUUUAGAUUCAAGCUACUUGCCUAAGGUUGAAGAAUUAUGGUCGGCGUACAUGAGAGCCAUUCGCCCUAUAUUUUUGGCUUGGGUCCCUAGGGAUAUACUCAACGACGCGAGUCUUGAGUUCUGGUAUACAACCCGUGAGAAGUCCUUCGGGAUGCCAGUUGAUCAGCUGGAGAAGGUGAAAGGAGGAGUUCUUGCAUGGAAUGAGGCUGAGCCAGCACUUCGCGGGGCAACAGCGCUGUUGAAGGAGAAUCAAGGUCCCUUUUUCUUGGGAGAAACUGUCAGCUAUGCUGAUCUUGUUUGGGCCAGUGUUCUUAUUUUCAGUAAGCGUCUGGGACCGGGCUUCUUUGAAGAGGCUUUGAAGAGAAGUGGGGAUGCUCAGGUUCACUUGGACCUGCUAGAGGCACUUCGCCCUGUGUCCGAGCGAGAUGGUAAUUGA